AUGUCGCGUAGUAUAGUUUCCUAUCUGUUCUUCAAUUUCACAACCUUCGUGUUGCAGUUGAAAAACAGAAUCAAAUCUCUGUGUGUGAAUAAUAAAAUGCCUAUUGCAAAGGUUUUCUUCGGAAUGUCGUUGAAGAGAGAUGAAGAGGUGGAGCCACAGGCGGUGGCGGAAAAGGCGGUUGUUGGAGAAAAGGAAGACGUUAAGGCCGGACGUAGACGUCGCGCUGGAGGAGGUGCUGGAAAAAUGAGGCUGAGAGGAAAGGGGCUCGGCAGUCGUAAGGUCCGCUUGGAGGAAGCCUCUCUGGACCGUGAGGCUAAGAAGCUGGAAAGGAAACAAAUCGCUUUGGCAAAACGAAUGAGUCGUUUGGAGAUGAAGAAAUCUGGAAAACCUUGUGAGAAUGAAGAUGGAGCCAAGAAGGCAAAAAGAGGUCGCUCCGUGGAGAAGAAGGAGAAAAAGUCAAGAUCCGAGUCAAGAUCGAAGAAGGAUCGCUCUCAAUCUAGAAAAGAAAAAAAGGAGAAGAAGGCCUCUGGUUUCAUCAAACGCCGUCGUGAGAUGGGUCGUACCACCUCGGAGUCUUCAGGAAUUCUGAAGGUCGAGGUGUCCAUCGAGGAGAAGCUCGCGAAGAAAGAAGCUCGUCAAGCUAAGCGUGAGGCUAAGCAGACAGAGAGACUUCUCAAAAAGGAGGAACGCAUCGCCAAGAAGGCCGCUAAGAAUCCAUACCGCAUCAAAAUUCGCCCUGGAAAACUUCUUAAGGCUCCACAGGCGUUCCGUUCGAUGCAACGAGCUGCGUGUCGUCGUUAA